AUGGGUUCACAACCAACCAGUGAAGGCCUCGGCCAGGAGUUCACCAGCCAUGUCAUCCAAGCCAUGGGCCCCAACACCUCCCCCCGAAUGCGCACAGUCUUGUCCGCCCUCAUCCAGCACGUCCACGACUUCGCGCGCGAGGUCAACCUCACAACGGACGAAUGGCUGGCGGGCGUAGACAUGAUCAACUGGGCAGGCCGGAUGAGCAACGAGAGGCGCAACGAGGGACAGCUGCUGUGCGAUGUCAUUGGCCUGGAAUCACUUGUGGACGACAUCACAUACAGAGAGGCCAGCAAGGCAGACAAGCCGCCCACGUCGUCUGCUAUCCUGGGGCCCUUUUGGCGUGCUGAUGCGCCGGUUCGAGAGAAUGGCAGCACCAUCACGUUUAACACGCCAAAGGACGGACAGGUGGCGUAUAUGCAUGGCCAGGUGACGUGCGCUGAGACGGGGAAGCCUCUGGCGAAUGCUUCAGUGGACGUUUGGCAGGCUUCGACGAAUGGACUGUACGAGCAGCAGGAUCCGGAUCAGAUUGACUGCAAUUUGCGUGGCAAGUUCAUCACUGAUGCGGAGGGUCGAUAUUCGUUCUACUGUCUCCGCCCCACGCCCUAUCCUAUCCCCUUUGAUGGCCCGGCAGGGAAGCUGCUGAAGCUCAUGGAUCGCCACGAGUACCGGCCCGCGCACAUCCAUCUCAUUGUCGAAGCCGAAGGAUACGGUUCAUUGACAACUCAGAUAUUCGACAAAGACUCCAAGUAUCUGGAAGACGACAGCGUGUUUGCUGUGAAAGAUGGGUUGACUGUCGAGUUCAAGCCCCGUGAGGGAGAUGCGAAGGCACAGUGGGACUUGGAAUAUGAUGUAAAGCUGGCAAGGAAGAACUAA